GUGACCUGACAGCAACAGUUUGCGCCUGUGCAUUCUGACGAUGGCGUCGGGCUCGACAGCUCUGUUGAGCAACGAGUCAGGUGAGAGUGACGACGAAUUUGUAGAGAGCAACGAGCGCGGAAGCAACCGUUUAGGACAGAAUGUCGAGAAUGGCGCCAUGCAAUCGACGGAACAUGCAAUGAAACAAUUCAGUACAGAAGACGUUGAAGAGCCAACAUCUCAGGACUAUUUCUUCUUGUCGCUAUUCACGACGAUUUUCUGUUGCCUACCUUUGGGUAUCAUCGCCUUGAUAUUUUCAAUGAAGGCGGGCCGUCUGUUUCGGGCAGAAGAUGAAUACGGUGGACGACAACUUGCCAUUGUAUCAAUGGCAAUCAAUACCAUCGCUGUUGUGUGUGGAAUUGUCAUCAUUGGUGUCUUGCUGAUUUAUUUCGUUUUGACCUAAUCAAUACUGAUGGAUAUAGUAGCCAUACUCUCAGACAGUUGUAUAGCAAAUUUGCAUUUGCUCUUAGAUUAUUACAGGACUCAUUGAUUGAUAGCAAUCAGACACAGACAGUGCUGUGUUUCUAGUGUAUUCCUCAACAGUUUGUAUUAUGCUUCGUCUCAUUAAUUACAACCUGUUCGUUUGUGAAAACUAAA